AUGGCUGGCCUCUACGCCCUCUUCCGGCCCGUGCCGCUCUUUACGACCGCCGCCGUGCUCCGCGUGGCAAUGCUUUACUACGGACUCUGGCAGGAUGCCCACUCGGCGGUCAAGUACACCGAUAUCGACUACCUGGUUUUCACAGACGCGGCUCGCUUUACCGCACAGGGGCGCUCGCCCUAUGACCGCGAGACCUAUCGCUACACCCCUCUCCUGGCGUGGAUGCUCGUCCCCACGGCGUCGUCGCAGGCUUGGUUCGCGUUUGGGAAGUUCGUCUUCGCUGCUGCCGACUUGCUGGCCGGGUAUUACAUCGUGCGCACCCUGGAGAGACGAGGAGUGGGCCAGGCGAGAGCGUUGAAGUUCGCCAGCAUCUGGCUACUGAACCCCAUGGUCGCGACGAUCAGCACGCGAGGAAGCUCCGAAGGCUUGCUUGGCGUGACAGUCAUGGCACUUCUCUGGGCUGUUCUUGAGAGGCGAAUUUCGUUGGCCGGAUUACUCCUUGGGUUUGGGGUUCACUUCAAGAUCUAUCCCUUCAUUUACGCACCGGCCAUUGUGUGGUGGAUGGAUGACGAGACUCUCGGCAGGAGGAGCUCUGGUACCCAUGGGAAGACUCUGGUCAAAGCUGUCGCAAAUUUCUUGAGUCCAGAGAGGAUCAAGCUGGCCGUCGUCAGCCUAGCGACCUUCAUGAGUCUGAAUAUCGUCAUGUACUCCAUAUACGGGACGCCAUUCUUGGUGCAUACAUACCUCCAUCACGUCACAAGAAUUGACCACCGACACAACUUCAGCCCGUACAACAUUCUCUUGUAUCUGACCUCGGCGUUUCCCUCGACGGCGGCCAUCCGUAUCGAGUCUGUUGCGUUCCUCCCCCAGAUUCUCCUCUCGACCGUCCUCAUCCCACUUAUUCUGGCCAAAAAAGACCUUGCAACCUCUAUGAUGGCUCAGACGUUCGCCUUUGUGACCUUCAACAAGGUCUGCACCAGCCAGUACUUCCUCUGGUACAUGGUUUUCUUGCCCAUCUAUCUUCCCAACUCCUCGUUCCUCAAGAACCCCAAGCUGGGAGUUACCGCACUGGCCUUGUGGAUUGUGUCCCAAGCAGCUUGGUUGCAGCAAGGAUUCCAACUCGAGUUCUUGGGGGUCAGCACUUUCUUUCCGGGCUUGUUCGUGUCAUCCGUGGGGUUCUUCCUCGUCAACUGCUGGAUUCUGGGUGUCAUAGGUGGAGGGAACCUGAAAGACAAAAAGGAGAAGGGAGUUGCUGCCUGGAAGUGGGCACGUGACACGGCGUCACUUUCCCGCGCUGCUCGGGACGCGGGCACGCCGUCCAAUUUCCCCACCACAAACUCACUCCCGUCGCGACAACCGAGCCUUCGCGCUACAGCCAGCAACUCAACUCCGCAGACAUCGGCGGACUGCUCUAGCGGGCAAAAGGAUCAAACCGCGAUGUGGCUCUUGGAGACGGACGGCGAUGUGUUUCAGGGUAUAACCAUCCAGGACCUCCCAGAAAAAAAAGCAGAAUGCGACAAAUGGCUGACGCGAUUUAAUACAGGCAGGCGACUCUGGCUCCGGCCUGGAAAGCGAUACCUCUUUGGCCGAACAGCUUCUGAACCGGGACAACUUGCCAUCUCCCACAAGACCAUCUCGCGCAAACAUCUCACGAUUGAGGUCGGCACGGUGCCUGAUGGCGCAAGCCAACAUCUAUCAAGCCGGUCGGCGGUCAUGAUCGAAGACUUGGGCACGAAGACCGGCACGACCGUCGAUGGACACAAAUACAAGGGCGAGAAGCAUGUCAUCACCGAACUUGCGGCCGAGAUUAAGAUGGGUGGCUGCCCUGACAUGUUCCGUCUCUCAUGGCACCCUGUAGUGCUCACAUUCAGCUUCUCGAGCCGGGAGCUCCAAGCCGACCCCUUUUCCCGCCUACGUGCCGAGCUCGAGCAGUUCGAUGUCAAGUUGGCGGCCGACUACAACAUCCAGCACACGACUCACGUUGUCACCAAAAAGCGAAAUACUUCCAAAGGCUUACAAGCUCUCAUCAACGGAAGGUACAUUGUCACCGACUCGUUCAUCGAUGCGAUUGUCGCAGCAGCAACACCCUCUACCGACGGGAAUGGCACAGCUACCUCUGCCUUGGAAGAUGAUUUUGACGCGAACUGGCCAGAUCCAUUGAGCCACCUGCCUCCUCGUGGCGGUGAGCCUGUAGAGCGGCCGCCAUCUGCGUACGCACCGAACGAGAGCCGCCGGGAAAUCUUCGAGGGGUACACUUUCAUCUUUUACGACAAGGGGCAAUUUAAUACGCUGUUGGCACCCAUCACCAACGGCAAGGGUAAAGCUCUCUACACCAAUGUGGAACCAAACUCAACAAUAGUCGACGAUUUCAUCCUCUACGUAAAAACAGAAGCUGGUGAAAAGGGCCUAGGCUCCUUCGAAGACGGAAGCGAAGGGCGAGGUGUGGUUGUUGUCCGUUUCACUCCCAGCAAAGGCGACUCGGUAGAUUGGUACGCCGAUUUCUUCACUCAGGUCUCCCUCCGCUUGGACCAUAGACCCAUCGAGCAGAACGAAUUCCUCGAGGCUAUCCUCAUCAACGAUGCUGGCAUUCUGCGUCGGCCUCUGGAGGUCGAUCCUACACAACUACCUCCGGACACGGCACCCCACCAACAGGCGAACGCGGAUCCUAACUCGAUGGACAUUGAUCAUCCAAACGUCUCUCAGAACACCCAAGAAUCGUCUUCAGGUUCCAAGACGGUUGCUGCCAAGAGCCGAGUACGAAGAGCAGCAACAAGACGGUUUGCGGGAUUCGACGCCGAUGAUGACGAAGAGGAAGCCAUGACCCCCCCGGUGACUGAAAGUGCCCUGUCCAACGUCUCAGCAAACGACGAACCGGAGGAAGGGCUGUUCGUGUCCCAAGAAGUACCUCCGCCGGAGGAAAUUGCAGAAUCAUCAAACGAGAUGACGCAUAAAUCAACUCGAAGGAAGCGCCCCGCUGCCCAAGACGACAGCAUCGAGGAUAUCAUCCCGACUGCUGCGGCGGUGAAACGCCGACGGAUCGCUGCUGGCGAGGAAGCGGUCCCUCGCCAGAAGUCCCCCUCGGCUACGAUGGCCCCCGAUCCCAAGGCUGUGCCCAAAGCGAAGAAGAUCAAGAAAGAGAUUGACGUCCUCGACGUCGCUCGCCAACAACGUGAGGAAAUGGAGGCUCGCGCCAAGGCAGAAAAGGAGGACCUCGCCAAUCUACCCGACGACGUAGACCUGAGCGAAAUCCGUCGACUGCACAUUGUUGAGGAGAUGCCCAUCCGUCAACCAACGGCCAACAAUAGUCACGAUCAAGACGCAGAGAACAGCAGGUGGGAUCCAAGGUGGAACGGGCGGAAGAAUUUCAAGCGCUUCAGGACGCGCGGCGAGCUUACAGGACGUCCACCACAGAAGGUCAUCGUGCCCCUGACACAUGUCAAGACAAAGGAGUUCGGCAUCGGGGACGAUUACUGGCUCGAAGACAGCCAGAGCAAGAAGAAAGGUAAUGAGAUCCAGAAGAGCGGGACGAACACGACCGAGCCUGCCGCGUCGCCGGCUUCUCGACCGGCGUCGCGACAGCAACGCAUCGUCCUCAGCGACGACAGCGAGGAGGAAGAGGAUCAGGCGAUGCCCGAUGAGGAGCCUGAGCCUGAGCCUGAACCGGGGCCCGAGCCCGAGCCCGAACCGGAACCGGAACCAACACCGGCACCCCGGGCGAGGAGUACCCGCGCGGCGGCGACGGCAACACAGUCGCAGAACACAACUCAGACUCAGUCGCAGAGACAAACGCGGGCAAAGAGGGCGGCGCCAGCCGCGCCGGCCAAGGAGCCCCCGGCGAAGAAAGCUCGAGCGACCCGGAAGCCCAUCGAAGUUGCAGAUAGUGACGACAGCGACGAUGAGCUCAAGUUCAAGUUUGGCCGCAGGCGCUGA